GUCCACUCCUUGCGUAGCAGCUUCUUCAAUCUCCUCAAUAAGAGUGCCAUUUUGUUGACAAACGAACAAUUGGAGGACAUUGUUCCCCUUGCAUGGGAGUUGUUGCUAGAGGCCGACCCUGAGCUCACUUCCAGUGCAGCCACUUUCAUCCUGUUUGCUGCGGUGAAAUGUCCAAAUUUCGUGCAAAAACUCGUCUACACCGAACUGCAUCACGUUGACGUCAACAACAGGCUGAAUGCCGUGCUGAGAUUUCGGAUUCUCUGGGUGAACCGACAUCACGUCUGGUCACGCCUGGAGGAGGGAGCAGCACUCUGCUUUAAGCUGCCUCCGCCGUCUAUCGAGUACGUCCUGCCUUCACCGACUCUUGGCAAUCCCACCGUUGAGGUGCCGGACCCCGCCUGGAAGACACGGAAAGGCACUUCGGCCGAGGAGGUGCAGUUGAAACAAAACGAAGCCACUGUGAGUUUCCCAGCCGCAGGCAUGUACAUUUACCCUUUUUUGAGAAAAAAAAAACAUGUUCUUUGGUCUAAAAAGGGUAAGUUUAAUCAGUGA